AUGGGCUUAUCUCUUUUAGCUGGCAACCAAGAUCAGGAAUCUAUUGAUAAGUUCUUAAAGAUGAGAGCUCUUAAGAAACUUCAGCAUACUAAAAAGGAAUUAAGAAUUAAAGGCAUUAUAAAGAGCAACAAAACUGCACCAAAGAGAUCGAAGAUGAUAAGAAAGUCGAAGAAAGAUGAAGCUGGGGACAAUGGCUUAGUUGAGGAGACUAAGCAUCCAGAUGUAACUGUCAAUAAUCUCAUGAACAUGGAGACUAUCCCUGCUAUGAAUGAAGAUAAAGAGGAUGAUCAGGUAGUUAUCCAGGAAACUAAUAAGAAGUGGAUGUUUAGGUAUAGUGACCCUAUCCUAAACCAGUGGGACACUUUUAUUAUUGUCAUUGCUAUUUACAACUGCUUCACUUUGUCUUUUAACAUAGGAUUUGACCCGAGUUUCGCUAAGCAUCCAGCGUACAUAACUCUAGAUGUAAUCUUGAUCAUAAUUUAUAUUCUGGAUAUUUUACAGAGCUAUAUUACAACUUAUUUGGACAAAGACGGAGAAGAGGUUUGGGAUAGGAAGAAAAUCGCUAAGAACUACAUCUACAGUGGUAAGUUUGGCAUCGAUGUUCUCUCGACCAUCCCCUUCGAUUAUUUUGGAGGUCCAGAACUACUAGCUAUGCUUGGACUUCUAAAAUUGACCAGACUUAGCAGAAUCAGUGUGAUUAUUUCAAGACUAAAUGUUAAUGAGCAGCUUAAAGCAUUGAUCAAAAUGGCACAGUUGACUUUCUACCUCUUUGUGGUCAUUCACAUUGUUGGGUGAAUUUGGUUCUGGCUGGUCAAGCAGAACGACGAAUGGAUUCCUCCACAUGAUUUUAUUGUACUACCUCCUGGCACAGAUCUUUACAACAAGUCAAUUACUUACCAUUACUGGAGUGCGAUUUACAACGCAAUCAUCAUGCUUGCAAGUAACGAGCUGGGUCCGAGGACCCCAGCAGAGUAUCUUUUCGUAUCUGUUAUGAUGAUUGUUGGAGCUUUGAUCAUGGCUAAUAUUUUUGGAGAGAUGGCUGUGCUCGCACAGGUCAUGACUAAAAAGCAAGUCAAAUUCCAGGAGCAAAUUGAUACAGCGAAUACAGCAAUGAAGAACUUGGUAAUUGGUCCUGAGGUACAACAAGAAGUUAGGAAUUACUUUUUGUUUACACAAGUUACACUUGAUGAGCAGCAAGAAUUGGAGAAAUUUCUAGAGCUCCUCUCCCCUUCGUUGAAGCUAGAAGUAACCAUCCACAUUUUUGCAAAGUUGAUGAAGAAGAAGCUCUUCAGCAAUCAACACUCAAAGGUAGACCAGACCAUUCGAAUGUUGGUCAGCAAAUUAGAAACCGUCUUGAGUGUCCCUGAGGCAAUUUUCAGACAAGAUGACGACUCAAAUGAUAUGUACUUCAUAGCUAAAGGCGAAUGCGAGGUCAGUGUGAGAGAUUACAAAAGAAGGGACCAUGAGAAAAUCAGAACCCUCAGGCCAGGAGAUCAUUUCGGAGAAAUCUCUUUAAUCUAUGGCUGUCGGAGAACUGCUACAGUAACUUCGAGGAACUAUUCAACAUUGGGUAAAAUCUCUAAGGAAGUCUUCCUCCAAAUCCAGUCAGAUAACCCUGGGUUUAUAAAACAUCUGAAGAAGUACAUGAAUGAGUAUAAUGACCCUAAUCAGAAGUUUAUCUCUGCAGCUAUGAGGAAGGUAGAGUUUUGUAAAGGGAUCAGUGACAUUGCAUUCGUUGAGAUCAUGCAUAAUUUUGAGAAGACGAACUAUAAGACUGGAUACCAGCUUUUCAAGGAAGAUCAAAAUAUUGACAGUUUCAGUAUUGUAUACGAAGGGAUAGUUGAGUUCUACACUUACUUUGAGAGAGGAGAGUUCAUUCUUGAGAGGCUCUAUCCUGGGUCCCUUUACAACUUCAGAACUUUCUUUAUGGAGGAUCUUAUGUAUGUGAACGCUCGGUGAGAGACGAACGUCACUCUAUUGCAGAUCACUAACUCCAAGAUGCAGGAAAUCAUGGAGAACCAUGAUGAUGUUAAGAGAAAGAUGCUCUCCUACCAGAACCAGAUACUUAAGUAUGGGAUUAGUUUCCCACUAGACUAUCUUGUAAACAUUCCUAAAGAGUUUAGAAAGGAUAAAAUCUUCUCAGAGGCGGCUCUCAAGAGAGAUAAUGCCUUUAAGAAUGCUAUUAUGAGAAGAAUCAUUGAGAUCCGGAUAGAAAAACAGAAACCUAAACUUAGCGACCUUCUAAAGAUGUUCGAGGGAAAAGAUUUGUCAAAUCCAAAGGAUAAAGAAGCUCUCAGGAAGAAACUAUAUGAUCUUUAUGAAGGAGGCGAUGCUAAAGAUAAAAAUUCGAAGUACCACAUCCUUAUUACUUAUUUUGAGAGGAUUAAUAAAGUUCUCAGUUAUCAGCAAGCUGCAUUUAACAAGAUUGAUAGGAGGAUCACCAAGCUUCAGAAUGAUAUUACGAGGACCAAGAAUAAGUAA